AUGCGUGCCGCGGCAUCGUCUCUCCUCACCGCCGUCGCCCCGCUCCGCCGCCGUUCCGCGCCGCCUCCAGCGCUCGUUGCUGCUGCUGCUGCUGCUGCCCCGAGGGCACCACUGCGCACCAUGGCUGCCGCGUCGUCUCCGCCCGAGAUGCGCUUCAAGAACCCCGCCAUCUUCGUCUGCGACAUGCAGGAAAAGUUCCGCAACGCCAUCUACGAGUUUGACAGCAUCGUCACCACCACGACCAAGCUCCUCUCCUUCGCCAACGCCCUGUCCAUCCCCAUCCACGCCACGACGCAGACGGCGGCCAAGCUCGGCGCCACGGUCCCGGCCAUCGCCUCGCUGCUGCCCGCCACGCCGCACGACAAGACCAAGUUCUCCAUGGUGGUCCCCCAGCUCGCCGCCGCCCUGGCCCCGGCCUCGCGCGUCGCCCUCGUCGGCAUCGAGUCGCACGUCUGCAUCACCCAGACGGCCCUCGACCUCCGCGACGCCGGCCACGUCCCCUACGUCAUGGCCGACGCCGUCAGCAGCUGCAACCGCGCAGAGGUCCUCGUCGCCCUCGACCGCCUCCGCGCCGAGCCCGGCGUCGUCGUCACCACGAGCGAGAGCUGGAUGUACGAGUGCCUCGGCGACGCCGCCCACCCGGCCUUUAAGCGCCUCUUUGGCGUCGUCAAGGGGACCCUGGCCGACACCAAGCGAGUCCUCGACGUCCUGCCGCCCGCCCCCAAGAUGUGA